GCGGUGAGCUCAGUUCUCUUUCAGCCCGGAAAGAGAGACGACCGUAGACAAUUUUGUUACUAGGUAUUCAGAUUGUAUUACGUUAACAUUAAGAAAAAGGAAGUACCAGAAAACUUGCCGCUUCAGCGCAUUUGUUUUGUGCUGGAGAAUUUCACAAACCGCAUCCUAAUAGCUAUUACGGCAAGACAAGAGCUGAAAUACCGGAACGAACGAAGAGGCGGACGGAAACCACGUGCAUUUGGAAGUGAUUAGUUACGCACUUGGCAACUGGCCAGUUUCCUUCUACGACCAUGCCGGACGAAACGAAGCUGAAGCAGCUCGGCCUAAAGCUGUUCGAAAUCAAUGCAUUCAAAUUUGGCGACUUCCAGAUGAAGGUUGGCAUUAAUUCGCCGGUCUACUUUGAUCUGCGUGUUAUUGUGAGCCACCCGGAUGUAAUGGAUACUCUGGCGGAUCUUCUGACCGAGUUUAUCGUGGAGACGAAGCUGAACACCACGGGUGUGCACUUGUGCGGUGUGCCGUAUACCGCCCUGCCGGUCGCGACGCUUGUUUCAAUUAAGGGCAAUAAACCGAUGCUGAUACGCCGCAAGGAGGCGAAAAAGUACGGCACGAAGAAGUUGAUCGAGGGCAAGUUUAACGCCGGCGACAAGUGUCUCAUCAUCGAGGAUGUGGUCACGUCCGGGUCGAGCAUCUUGGAGACGGUCGUGGAUCUUCGAUCGGAGGGACUUGUCGUUACCGAUGCUAUCGUCGUGGUUGAUCGCGAACAAGGUGGCGUACAGAACACCGAAGAGCAGGGCGUAAAGAUGCAUUCGCUGUUUACCCUUUCCUACCUGCUGAAGGUUCUGAGCGAAGCAAAACGGAUCGAGGAGAGCACGGUAAACGCGGUGGCUAAGUACAUCAGCGCCUGUCAGAUCCGCAGCGAUGGUUCGUUCAUGAAGAAUGGCACCAAAGUCGUGAACGAGUUGAGUCGCACCGGCAUGAGCUUCGAGGCGCGGGCUGACCUUGCCAAGUGUCCGCUGGCGAAGGAGCUGCUAAAGCUAAUUGCUACCAAGAAGACAACCCUCUGCCUGGCCGCAGAUUUGACCACCACCGAGGAAAUUCUGAACAUCGCCGAAGCGGCAGGGCCGUACAUCUGUCUGCUCAAGACGCACUGCGACAUCGUUUCCGAUUUCAGUGAACAGUUUGUCCGAUCGCUGCAAUCGCUAGCCCAGAAACACAACUUUAUGCUGCUGGAGGAUCGCAAAUUCGCUGACAUCGGGAACACGGUGGCGCAGCAGUACGCCGGCGGCGUUCAUCGUAUAGCGGACUGGGCUGAUCUGGUUACGGUGCAUUCGCUACCGGGGCAGGGUGUACUAAAGGGUCUCAAGUCGGCCAUCGUGGGCGAUCGGCCGGCCGCAUCAAGGGCCGUCUUUUUGCUUGCACAAAUGAGCACCGAUGGAGCGCUGACCGAUGAAAAGUAUUCGACGGCAACGGUGAAGAUGGCUACCGAGAUCGACACAGAUUUUGUGGCCGGAAUCGUAUGUCAGAGCAAGGAACUGGUAGCCCCACCGGGUUUGUUGCAGCUAACACCGGGCGUCAAGCUGGAGGAAGGAGUGGACGGGCUUGGCCAGCUUUACGACAGUCCGGAGCGGGUGGUAAAGGAGCGUGGCGCUGACAUUUGUGUCGUCGGACGCGGUAUCCUGUCCUCGAAGACACCCGCCGAAACGGCACGCAUCUACCGCGACCGACUGUGGGAAGCGUACAUUGAGCGAAUUAGUGCGGACAAAAACGGCGCCUCCUCCGAUUAACGAUGAUCGAAACAAAUGUACAAAUGUCUGGCUUCCACUUCACAUUGGAAAAUGUUUACCCUAUAGUACUGUGACUAGAGUCGAAAUUCCAAGGAUACCGGAAAACCACCGGCUCCAUUAACAAAAACAAACACCUUACUGAAGAUUAAUCAACUGUAACAGAUUGUGAUACAAUUUGAAUGUCCAUUUAUAAAAAUAAACCAACCAAUACAA